UGCUGACAGUUGGGGCUGAGCCGGGGAGAAACGAGCAGCGACGGGCGCUCCUAGUUCGUCCCUGCAGCGGGCACCACCGUGGUCAUCUCAGGAUACGCACGGCUGUUUUCCUGUUUUUCCUUUUUUGAAGAACCCCCCGAGCUUUUCAGGCAUGCUUUCUCCUUCUGUCUUCGUGGGUAAGCGGGACGCGGGUGAAUAACACUUCCCUUCAGCGGCUGGAUAAAUGACUUGAGAAACUCUCGUCGAAGUGAGCGGACAGAGAAAGCGGUUGUACGGGAGAUGAAUGUUACCGGGAAACAGCAACCUGAGCUGAUCGAGCGACCCGCCAGCCUCCCGGUUCCAACUUCGACAAAAUCUGGAAUUGCUUUGCUGUACAAUGAGGAGACCAACAAUACCUAUGAUGUCUGCCUGAAAUUGACCAAAGAGGUAUUAACCAUACAGAAGCUGGAUGUGGUUUGCACGAGUGGAAGUGAAUCCCAAGUAAAUCACAGAACUGUUGUACUGCGAAGACAAGCGACCGGCGGUCUGGGCUUAAGCAUCAAAGGAGGUGCAGAGCACAACGUGCCAGUGGUUAUUUCAAAGAUUUUUAAAGAUCAAGUAGCCGAUCAAACGGGGAAGCUGUUCGUCGGGGACGCAGUGUUGCAGGUCAAUGGCAUUAAUGUAGAGCACUGUACUCACGAGGAAGUUGUUCACCUCUUGCGUACUGCGGGAGAUGAGGUCACCAUCACUGUUCGCUACCUGCGAGAAGUUCCAUCAUUUCUAAAACUGCCUCUAGGAACAUUCGGCACCACUUGUGAUCAUGCUGCUUCUAUUUUCUUGUCAGGAAAGACAUUGCCUUUAUUUGACACUGGUGCUCACGCAUCGUUCAUGUAUUCCACGCAGGCUCCAUCACCCCCUUCGCCCUCAGCUAAUGAACCAAAGUAUGAGAAGCGCUGGCUGGAUGCAGUCUCCCUGCCCUUGUUGAUGGCCAGAGUCUCCAGAUACAAAGCUGGCAAAGAUAAAUUAAGGUUCAACUGUUUUGAAGUUUUUGCCUUGGAUGGAGCCAGCACCAAUAUUCUUCAAUUUUGCACUGCAGCAGAAAGCACAGACUGGCUCCAAGCAAUAUCCACAAAUAUCAAUGACUUGACGCAGGAGAAUAUAAAGAUCAUCAACAAGUACUGCUCUUCAGAUGAUCAAAUUGUUCACAUGGGCUGGGCAUGCGAAUGCCCCGAGGGUAGCGCUCCUGGUCGAUCUUCAACAUUUAAGUUCCUGGCACUGCGAGGACCAUAUUUUUAUAUCUUCAAAAGUCCGCCGAUCAGUGCUGCUGACUGGGGACAAGCUGAAACAACAUAUAACCUCUAUGAGGUUCUUUUCAAGGUUCACAAGCUGUGGAUGGCAGAGGACUGCUGGCUCCAGGCAAGGCUCUACUUGGGACUGGAGCAUUCUCCUGAGCAGGACACGGAGUCUCUGUGCUUCAGUAUUCUGGUCGGCCACGGCCAGAGCCACACCUUCAGGGUAGAGCUGGCCACUGACCUGGCUAUCUGGGAGAAGUCCUUCCAAAGGGCUGUCUUCUUGGAAGUGCAGCGAAUACAAUCCAAAAGCUACAUGUGCAGCAGCCAGGGGAAUGUGCUGUGCUUCACCAUAGAUUUUGCAUCAGGCUUCACCUGCUCUGAAAGCACUUCAAAGACAAUACUGUGGCGAUACAAGUUCUCUCAACUUAAAGGCUCCUCUGACGACGGGAAAACCAGGGUAAAGCUCCUUUUUAAGAAUCCCGAAAGCAAGCAGAUAGAAAUGAAGGAGCUGGAGUUUGCUAAUCUGACAGCCGUCCUCCACUGUAUACAUUCUUUUAUCGCUGCCAAAGUGGCCUCCAUGGACCCUCUCUUUAUGUGCAGUCAAAGCUUCCUUGGAAAUUACACGAACAGUUAAGACGACACGUCCUCAUCGUGAUGUGCACCUGAGGCAAAUCAGCAGUAUUUUAUGCACAGAGCCCAUUGAUAUGUAUAUCUUGUUCUUGCUAUUUUUGUAUGGACUUCUGAAAACGACAUCUUUGUAAAAGACUCUUGAGGUGGGUAAUGUCAGAUCUACUGAAAGAAAAAUGCGGUUUCGCUUUUAGACAACUAUCCAGUGGGAAAAGAUAUACAGUUCUUCCAUUCUUCAGUUUGCCCCCCCCCCAAUUUGAUAAUUAUUCAGAGUGAAACUUAACACCUAUGAUAAAAAAAUUAAAUUAAAAAAAAAGUAGCUGCCACUGUGUUUAACAGAACCUAAAAAUGAAUUUUGCUACAUGUCUACCUACAAAUAUUGAAGAAAUUUCAGCUGGGUAAAUGAAGCGGAUACUGUCACAGGGGGAUACAGGAUUAAAACAGGCCUUUGACAGGGAUAUUUCCAACAAUGAUGAGAAAGCGUACUCUUUUUUUUUUGUUUUUUUUUUUUAAUCCCCCCAAACUUCCUGUGGUUUACCUAGUAAUGUCAUGUCUGAAAAAGUACCGCAAGCACCCUACAAUAAAAAGCAAAAAUAAUAGCCUCCAAAUAACCACAGAGUUGACUCGACAGCACUCUGAUACGGGGCCCAGACUAAAAUUAAAGAAACUUCCCAAAGGCAGCGCUGGUGCCAGGCUUCAGUACUUCACUGGU